AUGGAUUUGCAGUCACCGUCUGUCCUGGCGCAAUUGCCUCGCCCCCUUCAUGCUGCCACUGGCCAAACACGUAUCGGUGAUGUCUUCAGUCUUGCCGAUGCGAAAAAACGCAAGCGCUACGAAGUCGCAGUCGCCGUGGAUGGAGAGGCUGUGAAUAUCUACAACGUUCAAACACCAAAGCUCGUCACCUCUUACGCUGUCCCGCCGCAAUCUACUUUCUCAUGCCGCCCAUGUUCCAUCCGCAGAAAAGUUUCAAAGAAGUCAGUAGUCCGAAGGCAAACAUACACAGCCGUUACCAAGCCCGAGCACCAGAUCAAAUGCUUCGUUGAGGAAAUUGGUAGCACCGGCUCAAGUGCCCCAGUUAUUUCUUCGUCCGCCACUACCGUGACCGACUCGGAUAGCCCUACCACUUUUGUCGGAAUUGUCCCCUCGAGCACCGAUGGUGAGGGAGAGGCAGAUCCAUUCGAUAUUUUGGCCGUCCACGAAGAUGGUCGUGUGCGCAGACUGUCAUCGGACUUGAAGACCCAACGAUGGAGCAUUCAGCACAGCGAGAUCGCCAAAGUAUGCGCCACACAUAAUGUUCAGUCCAGCUUCCUGGUCGAAUUCGAGGAUGCCAAGAAGGCUUUGUUCAAAAGACGACAGGAUCUCGCCUCUUUGGCAUUGGGCGAUAUUACAGCCGCUGGUGUAAAUGAGCCGUCCAUUCUGCUCAUUGUGUCGCAGCCAAAGAGCGCCGGUCGUGUCUCUUUGAAGGAUAUCAUUGUUCAAAUGUUCUCUGUCCCCGCUGGUCCAAAGUCAGAGUCCCGCUCGGACGAAAGCCAGCGUCUGCGCCAUCUUCAGACCUUCCACAUUCCGGACGUACACGGCCUGGAAACCGCCAACGGUAACGCCAUGCAAUGGAACUUCCACUCGGGCUCUGCAGGAUUGAACCUCUCGUUUGAGAAGGGAUUCCUGAAUGUCGAUCUCUCUCAAUACUCUCCCUCUGUCACAUCGCAGUUCGUCUUGGAAGACGAAAAAUUCACAUCGGUCAUGCGCAUCUCUCCCCAAUCCAUCAUUGGAGCACAAAAGUCACUGGUCGCUGUUUACGAUACUCAGUACCACUCCGUGCAGCGCAGCAUUCCCGCUGGCGACCUUUCCUCAAGCACCGGAUCAAGUGCAGAGACUCCCACAAACUUCAUCAGCUACUUCGCCAAACUCGGAAUCGCAGUGGCAACCAAGGGCAAUACUUUGAUUGCCUUUGAUUUGAGUUCUCUCCCCAGCGCGCCUAGCUCUUCGCUGAAGCGUACAAGGGACAGUCUGCUCAUUGAUGCCAUUGGCAGAGGUAUUGGCUCGUCUGCUGCCCAGUGGGACGUCGCAUCUAAGAAACACCGAUCUGAUAACACGGCUUCGCUCCGGCUCACCUCACCCGAGCAAGUCUCUAAGUGGACCGAGCUCACCACCACUGUUGAGAAGGCUUGUGAAGCAAAGAAUGUCGACCUGUUCGACAAUGCCGUUCUGACAUACUUCAACACCGCGGACGCCACCGCAGUCCUACCAGUGCGCGGGCAAUAUGUCAACCCUGAAGCCACUCUUUUCCUGCUGUCCAAGAUCUUCGCGGUCGAGGAGAACGCAUCAAACGAUACAGUGUCAGCUAACUCGUCUUCACAACUCCGUGUGGCCAUGUGGCCGCCCACCACGUGUGAUUGGCUCAUUCGCUUGGGUCACUUCUCUCUUGACAACGUUGAGAUUGCGUUGCGCCGAGCCUGCAAGCCCCGUAUCUUGCAAUCGUUUCCAACCGGAUCAUUCAUCCAGGCCCUUCUCGAUUCCGACCCGUCCCUUAAGCAAGUGAACCAAGUGCUUGAUGGACCCACAUUGAUUUCAUCCGACGAGUUGGCCUACGCUCUUAAGUCCUUCCUGAACCAGGCUCGUUCUCAUUCUGGAACCCUUGAGGAAACUGCUCGGGCUAUCACAAAUGGCGAUCUCGCUACACCUACGCAAGAGCUCUCUAAACAGCUCGGCGCCGAGACUGCAACUCUCAAGAGUAUCUUCGCCGGCCUGAACACCUCUCUGCAGAAGAUUCACUCUCAGCCCAUGCCAGUCGUUAACUCAUCUCGAUGGUUCACCACCUACGUCUCUCCCUCGCCACCGGCGGCUACACCUCUCGAUUCACUGAAAAUCCCCCCCACACCCAUCACACUCGACCAAAUCACCCCCACUAUCUCUCUCAACGUUAUCGUUGAUCUUCUUACUGCCUCUGUGGAUGCCGUCGGUCCCUCCGGUUGGAUCUCUGCUAUCCCAGCCGUGAGCGACUUCGAGGAUUCUGACUCUGUCACGGCUGCUGCCAGCCGUGAAAUGGAAUUGAUCGCGGAUAUGAAGUCCGAGGUCUCCGCCGCACUCGCUGGAGUGGAGGAAGCUACUUAUCUCAAGGGCAUCUUGUGUGAAUACCUUCGGUUCGCGGACCAAGUUGACACCACCGAGACUACUUCUGAAGAUGCAUUGGCCAAGAUGGAUGCCGAAGCCUCGGGUCCCUCUCACCUGGUCAGUCACCAGAAGCUCAACGGUGCUGACUUGAUGGUCUUCACCCGUCCCGGUGAAGGCGAAGAUGGCUUUGAGGGCGAUCACGGUGGCAAGAUGCUGCCACUCUCACUCAAGGCUGCUGCCAACGAUGUCUCUCACACUAAGACCAAGAAGUCCACCGGUGAGGUCAAGAACCGCAGCAGCCGUGAGAUGGGGUACUUGCGCCGCAAGGCGGUUGGCAAGUACUCAUUCGAGCGACUCAUUGUCUAA